CUGCAGCUCCACCCGUUGUCACCAACUGCAGGCCUUCAGGCACCAUCUUCAACAGGAAAUUUGGGUUUAUCCCUCUUGGCUGCUCCUUUACUCAGAAGGGACUCUCCUUUUGGCCUUUACUAGUUCAGAAGCAAGUGCAAGGGAAGUAACAAGGAGGAGAAAAAAUGUCAAUAGAUGAACAAACAAACAGGCUCUUCAGAAUUCGACGGACCAUAAUGCAUAUGCUUCGAGACCGAGGCUAUGUGGUGGGAGAUGGUGAGAUCAAGAUGUCAAAAACUGAGUUCAUCCACAAGUAUGGUGAAGAGGCUAAGAGGGAAGACCUCAUUAUCAGCAAGUACAAACGGAAUGACCCUAAUGAACGGAUUUUUGUUUUCUUCCCUGAGGAGGCCAAAGUAGGUGUGAAGACAAUAAAGACUUAUACCGAGCGUAUGAAGUCAGAGAAUGUAUUCCGAGCUAUACUUGUUGUUCAGCAAAACUUAACACCAUUUGCAAGGCAGUGUCUCCAGGAGAUCUCAGUCAAGUUUCAUUUGGAGGUUUUUCAAGAUGCUGAGCUGCUUGUCAACAUUAAGGAGCAUGUUCUUGUGCCUGAGCACCAACUACUUACACCUGAAGAAAAGAAGACAUUGCUCGAGAGAUACACUCUCAAAGAGACACAGCUUCCUCGGAUACAAAUUACGGACCCAAUAGCACGUUACUUUGGGCUAAAGCGUGGGCAGGUUGUGAAGAUUAUCCGACCCAGUGAAACAGCUGGAAGAUACGUGACCUACCGAUUUGUUGUCUGAGACUGCCAUCAUAUAAGAGGAUGAUUUUAUGUUAUACCUUCAGAACAAUAAAAAUGUAAAGUACCUUUCUGACGUUCAAGUGGAUCUAGGUCAUGGAUGCCUACCUUACAUUUUGCAGCCUUAGCCAUGCUGAUGUAACGAGUGACUGGAAACCCUUCCAUCUAAACUGGUUUCUGGGAAAGCUGGUGUUGUUGCAUGGAAAUUUCUUUUCGAAGUUGGCCGCUGAUAUUCUUAAGCUUCAGAUUCUGGUUCUUUUCAUUUUCUUUUCUGGAGAUCUCUAAGCUCAUCCAUUUGUCUCUGAUAUUCUUAAGCUUCAGAUUCUGGUUCUUUUCAUUAUCUUUUCUGGAGAUCUCUAAGCUCAUCCAUUUGUCUCCUCAACAUGGUAGCUAUACUGCUGUUGAGAAACGUUAUGUAGCACUUGGACCUAAAUGUGGUUUUGUCUUCUUUCUUUUCUUUUA